ACGACACGACCAUAAUAUUAUUCUUUUUUUACGCUGAGAUAUUAUAAAGUAGGGUUUUUUUUUUUUUUUUAUAUGUUAUCACGAGAACCUCACAAAAAUACGCGGCAAGGAGAGAGAGAUAGAGAGAGCGGUGGAGUCGUAGUUUUGGGAACGAGAAAGCUCUGGAUAACGUCUUUUACCGUCGUCGGAGACGGAUUUUAUGCCUUUCGGCUCUUGAGGUUAUAUUAAGCUUCUUUUCUAGUGGAUUUUCUUCUUUUGAGAUAUGGAACAAGAUUACAUCUGCUCAGGCUGCUUCCAGUAUCGGGUUUUCUCAUUGCAAGAAGCACUCGAUUGGCGGUUUCUUGCGCGCGCAGAUAUCCUUGUUGGCUCUUUCGUGAACUGCACUUAGUGGUCAGACCUCCUUCUGCAAAUUUCCGAGUCAGGGCUGAUGUCUGAAAGUUAUCGUUCCUUCACAUAGUCGUAGAGUCCCUGGAGUUAAAAAAAAUUGUUAGUCCCUAUUCCACAUCUAAUCCUAUGGGAGCUGAUUGAAGAAGGAUGUACCAGUUUCUUUUCAAGUUUUGACAUGUCGUAGAGUUGAUAGUCUUUUCCCCGAGUCUCCGAACCCCUUGACUGUAAUGUUGUGAGCGUGGGUUUCCUCCUGUUACCCAGAACAUCCAUUCUUGUUGGUUCAUCGCGUCGUCCGGUUAUCAGUCCUUCUUGUUAGUUCAUCGCGUCGUCCGGUUCUCAGUAUGCUUCGUCGUCUUCUCUUGGUGUCUUUCUUUUUCGUUUAUGGUCAACCGAUUGACUUUCAAAGUAAAUAACGGCCAGUCUACUCAGCGGGAGAAUCAUUGAGUUUGCUGCCAUACGAACAACUGGAAGCUUAAAGUUAUAGACAUAUUAUAGAAGUUAUCUACAGACAAAAACUAAAGGGGAUACUUUGCUUUACCGUAGAGACGAUGGAGAGGUAUAAUUUAAUCAAAGAAGUUGGUGAUGGAACUUUUGGGAAUGUUUGGCGAGCUUUUAAUAAACAGACGGGUGAAGUUGUUGCAAUUAAAAAAAUGAAGAAGAAGUACUACUCUUGGGAAGAAUGUGUUAAUUUGAGAGAAGUGAAGUCGCUUAGCAGAAUGAACCAUCCAAACAUUGUGAAGCUGAAGGAAGUCAUCCGGGAAAAUGAUAUCCUCUACUUUGUGUUCGAGUACAUGGAGUGCAAUCUUUACCAGCUUAUGAAGGAUCGCCCUAAGCUUUUUGCGGAAUCUGAUAUCCGUAAUUGGUGCUUUCAAGUUUUUCAAGGCCUUUCUUACAUGCAUCAGCGUGGAUACUUCCACCGUGAUCUUAAGCCAGAAAAUCUAUUAGUCUCUAAAGAUGUCAUUAAGAUUGCUGAUCUUGGCCUGGCCCGGGAGAUCAAUUCAAGUCCACCUUAUACAGAGUACGUCUCCACACGCUGGUACAGGGCACCUGAAGUACUGUUACAGUCAUAUGUGUACACGUCGAAAGUUGAUAUGUGGGCAAUGGGCGCUAUUAUGGCUGAGCUUUUGUCUCUUCGCCCUCUUUUUCCCGGAGCUAGUGAAGCAGAUGAGAUCUACAAAAUCUGCAGUGUGAUAGGCAGCCCAACUGAAGAAACAUGGUUGGAGGGGCUUAACCUUGCUAGCGUUAUCAAUUACCAAUUCCCUCAGCUUCCCGGUAUACACCUCUCUAGCUUGAUGCCAUAUGCUAGUGCAGAGGCGGUUAACCUUAUCGAGCGUCUCUGCUCAUGGGAUCCAUGCAAUAGACCCACUGCUGCAGAGGCUUUGCAGCAUCCUUUCUUCCAGAGUUGCUAUUAUGUUCCACCAUCUCUCCGUCCCAAACCUUCUGUCGGACAGAGAGGCUCUCUCGAGCAUCAGCAGCAGCAAUCCGGCAAGAGGUUGCCGGCGACUUUGACCAAUAAUACUGCUACUAAUAAUAAGCCAUUCAACAGUUACACUACUCCAAAGGCGUAUGCUCCUUUUGGCUCACAGAAGUUGGACAUGGCAAAUAAGAUUAACCAGGACACGGCAUGGAACAACAAACCUGUGGGAAACUGUCAUGUCAGAGAUGCAAAGUAUAUACCACCUGGAAGGAAGAGUCCUCAAGCAUCUACGAACAAGAACUGGGUGUUUGCUCGUGGGCCAUCAGAGACUACGAAUAAAGUGGCAAACGCAGCAACGGUGGUGGGAGGAGGAAGAUGGGGUGAAAGUCAAAGGCAACAACAACCGGCGAUGAAGGCAGGGUGGAUGGGACAAAGUGGUGACGUGUUCCUCAGACCUACACAGCCUCCCAAUCCUUACUCUAGGAGAAUUGCUGGUUAAAGCCCAAACCAAACACACGUUUCUCUUAUGACUCAUUAUGUUAUAUGAGCCAUCAUCAUCAUCAUCAUCGUUUUGCUUUGGAUUAUCCUCAUCAUCUACUAUGUUUCCUCCUCCUAAAACUUUCUGGUUUGUCCAUGGAGUUUCUUCCGUCUGUUCCUAACUUUUAUGUUUCGGUCUUGGCUUGACUAUUAUGUAUGCAGUAUUUUUUUUUUUUUUGCCGCAAGAAAGGUCUCGACUUUGGACCAUUUUUCAUAAUGAAUGAAAUCAGAGACGAUAAAAUUGAA